UCCUACAGUUACUGUCAUAUACAAAAAAGUCAAAAUCGUCGAGCGUAAACUUCAAAAUUUUUCAAAUUUUAUUUUGAAAAUUUUUAUUUUUACAAUUCGUGAGAAUAUUUAUUUUGUCUGAGUUUAUAUAGCAGUAACAGCAGUAAAACGGAGGGAAACAAGCGAAGAAACGAGAGCAGCUCUUGCAUGAGCAACGGAGGAGUAGUAGAGUCACGGAGUAAAAGUGCAAUAUCUGCGACGUCAGUGAAACCCAUGGAAACAUUAAAGGGUAUUUUCAGUGUCCCCAAGAUGGAUCGUAAUCGUCGAAACUUCCUGAGGGAGAAUAAAUUGAGCUUACGUGAAUUACAAAGGGUGACUAAUAAGAGUAAAAUACAACAGCAACAAGAGCAACUGUUACGGGACCAAAAGUACGCUGGACGCCGUUCACAAUCUCAACAACGUAACAAUAACAAUUGCUUGGAUAAACAAACUGUGGCGCGCUGCCCUUCAUUGUCACGGGUUCCCAGUGGCCGUGUUAUGGGGACUGCUGCUGCCGGUGGUGUCGGCGAUUGCUCAAAUCAUAUUAGUAGACGCAGUGUUUCGCGAACAAAUAGCACGACGACAAUCAAAUCUGUGCAUAAACAAGUGCAAACUGAAGAUAUACAAGACGAACAAUUUCUUUAUGACGCUUUGAAACGUUGUACCACCAACGAAUCUCAGUCACGUUUUAAUGGUUUACAACCAAACUUUACGCCACGUUCACAACAUAUUGCGAACGAUGCACAAAGCCGAAACUCUUUUUAUCCGUCAGCUGAUGAGGACCAAAGGUGUCUGGGGAAUACAGAUGACCGUAGGUUUGCUACCCAGCCACAAAUGGAGGAUCCAUACGUACAACGUGAAGAUACAAAUAAUUAUGUGGAGCAAUAUAAUGCACAGCAACAUGGCGAAGUAAUUGAUGGUGAUGAUGUAGAUACAAUACAUAAUGAAAAUGUUGAACGAUUAUAUGCGCCUGAAUCAUCAUCAAAGUACAAUUUUGCACCAACUCCACGCUCUCAACAACACUUCACCAAUGGAUAUAAUAUGGUGGAUAGUGAUGGAUUACCACCAACAACAACAAUGCAAUCAUCAUAUGAACCGCCAGAUCAACAGCAACAGCAACAACCAUUGCGUUACCGAAUGCAACCUCAUGUACAAGGUGAUUUACGUGCCAAUUUCGAAAAUAUGUCUUUAAACAACGGUUACGGCGGCGUUGGUGUCUGUGAUGUUGCUGUUGAUGAAGAAUAUGGUGCCUUAGGAAAUAGCGGUGGCGUUGAGGCUGUUUCCAUAUCAGGUCGUAGUCGGCGUACGAAUAUUUCACAUAAUUCACAGCAAAGUAAUACAGAUUUGGUCAAAAAGCGUUCAAGUGGUAGCAUACACAAACUAGGUUCUCGAGAUAACAUAAGUCUGCCUCGUUAUUUGGAGCGUGAGAAACGUGAAAAGGAGGAACAACGCCAACGUCAAAGUGAACGUGAUCCCAAUUGCCCGCCUGGACAUUACCCGCUAUCGGAUAAAGAGCGCCAGGCAGCACUUCAAUCAGCUGAAACCAGAUUCAAAGCACUUGUAAAUGAACUAAAUCGCAUGCCUAUGACAACUGAAACUUUACGUAUGCGUGUGCGCAAAGCCGAAAUCGAGAAAGAACUGAAACUACUCGAAACAGAUAUACGGGUAUUCUCAAAGUCUAAGGUUUAUUUGAAGCAUAAGGAACAGAACAUUUGAAAUGAACACUUUUGUGGGUAAAUGUAUAUGUUUGAUAACAGCCAAUGAGGCAAAAAAAGGAAAUGUAAAAAAUGUGCAUAAAAUAUACUUUAAGACAUUGCGAUGUCAUCAAUGCCAUUGCCCUAUACUAACAUAAUUGCCUAUAUAUUUAAUUGGUGUUAAUUGUACCUUUGUCAUUAGCAUUGGAAACUUAUUUUCUCCUGUGUAUGUUAAUUUUCAUUAAGACUUUCAAGUAUUUUGAUAUAGAGGUGUGUGUGUUUGUAUAAUAUUUUUGUGUGCAUAUACAUAUGUAUGCCUUAAUUUGUGGGGCUUUUAAGUGGCCAUAGUCAGAAACCACCAAUAGAAUUAUAAUUCGGAUGUGCGACGUGUGUACUAGUUUGAUAAUUAUUUUGAAGUUAUGUGCAUUCAAAACAAACAGGAAGCCACAUAAUUCAUAGGUACUGAUAUCUACUAAUGAAAUAUAUUAUUUCUUAUAUAAAUAUGCAAGUAAAUAUUUGUAUUAAAUGACACGAAUAUUAAAAGAAUCGAAAUCUAUAAUACAUUUUUUUCUUAUGCAAUUAACUACCUGCAAGCUUUGAAAUCUAUUUAAAUUUUUUUAACUGGAAAUAGUUAUUGAAAAACUAUAGCAUUUGCAUUUAAGGCGAUAAUAAUAUAAAACAAAACAAAAAAAUAUGUACCUAACAGAGUGUGUAAAUACAUAAAUAAAAUGAAUUUAUUAUGAAAAACAAAAAUUUUUAGUUUUGAUUGCAUGACAAUCUUCAUAAAAAUGCACUU